UCAGGCGCUUGUGAAGGUGUUGCUGCUCCUCUCUCUAUGAAUGAAGAUUGAACUUCAUCCCAGACUGCAACUUCUUUCUUCUGUCCAAAAUGUGAGCCACACUAGGACCACGCGGGGCUGCGGGUCCGACCCGGACCUGCACAUUUCGAUCCAGUGUGCCCGCUCCACACUCAACAGGCCCGACUCCAACUCCAGCCCCAGGAAUCCAAUAAGGUCUUCACCUUCCUCGCGUUCCGGAAGACCCACGAGCUAGUAUUUGAUCUGAAGAUGAAGUUUCAAAAUCAACAGAUGAAGGGCUUAUGCCUGAACCAUUGACUCUCCUGCUCCUCGGAUGCUGCCUGACCCGCAGUUUUCGACUCUGAUUCUCCAGCAUUUGUGAGUCACUCAAUCCAUCGGGACUGCAACAAUUUUCGACUGUGAUCCAAUUGGUUCCUGUUUCAGUCCGUUUUCAGCAUCAGUGGGACUGGAAGAGAGACCCUACUGUUGCAGCAACGCACGGAGUGUGGAGCCUGAAACAGUUAACUGGCCUGAAAAGAGGAAUUCAAGGCUGGGAGAGGACAUACACGCGUUUGUGUGCAACUGUAGCUUUGGCCAUGGAGAAACCAUGGAAGUGUGGCGACUGCGGGAAAGGUUUCCGUGUCCCGUCUGCCCUGGAGACACAUCGUCGCAGUCACACCAGGGAGAAGCCAUUCUCCUGUCCUGAGUGCGGGAAGGCCUUCAGUGAUUCCUCUGCCCUGCUGAGGCACCGGCGAGUGCACACAGGGAAGAGGCCCUUCAGCUGCCCUGAGUGCAGGAAGAGCUUCAGCGAUUCCUCCGCCCGGCUGAGGCACUUGCGGGUGCACACAGGGGAGAGGCCCUUCAGCUGCCUCAAGUGUGGGAAGACCUUCAAUGAUUCCUCCGCCCUGAUCAGGCACCAGCGGCUGCACACAGGGGAGAGGCCCUUCCGCUGCCCCGAUUGUGGGAAGGUGUUCACUCGCUCCUCCCACCUCGUGAUUCACUGGCGGGUCCACACCGGUGAGAAGCCCUUCCCCUGCCCCAAAUGUGGGAAGGCCUUCAGCGAUUCCUCUGACCUGCUGGCCCACCGGCGGGUCCACACUGGCGAGAGGCCAUUCACCUGCUCUGUCUGCGCGAAGUGCUUCACACGCUCUUCCGACCUGCUGAAGCACCAGCGUGUCCACACUGGGGAAAGGCCCUUCAGCUGCUCUGAGUGCGGGAAGGGCUUUACUCAGGCAUCCCACCUGCUGACACACCGGUGGGUCCACACUGGGGAGAGGCCGUUCACCUGCCUCGAGUGCGGGAAGGGCUUUGCUGUCUCCUCCAGUCUACUGACGCACCAGCGGGUCCACACUGGGGAGAGGCCGUUUGCCUGCCCUGAGUGUGGGCAGAGGUUCACAAUGUCCUGCAGUUUGAACAAGCACCAGCGGAGGCACCAAUGCUCCCAACAAUCAGAUUCUGCCGGUAACACUGCUGAGGGUCACCCCCAGGUCUGAACCUCCUGCCCUUUCUGACAGUGGGGGUAAUAAGAGUUGGUAGGCUUUUUUGUUUUCUACUGGGGGA